AUGGAUCGGCUGGAUGUAUUAGGGGAAAAUGAGGCGUUACAACAAUUCUUUGAAGGCCAGGAUGUACACAGAGCCUUGGAUAAUCCUAUGGUGGACACGAGCAUGCUGGAGGAGUAUCUUAGUAGUGACUAUGCAUUUGGGGCACUAUUACCGGACUCUCCACCUGAUUCUGGAUCAGAGCCAUGUUCACCCCCACAGAUGAAUGGUCGAAUCCACCCUACUUGCUGGCCGAAUGGGUUGCAACCCUCACUUUCAACACAUUCUUCAGUAUCCUGCAGAUACAUGGAACAAUUACCAAACCCUGGAAUCCAUUCCCUUCCCACUUCACAGGACAACUCCAUGAAAGUGAACAACCAAGGCACAUCUUGGAAUGGCUCUCCACCUCCAUCUUUCAUGGAAUACAAUUAUCCAUGUAUUCAACAGAGGGUCUCUCCAAGCAACAGGUCUUCGCAUUCUUCAUUUAAGAAGCGAAAGCAUGUACACUUGGAAGAAAGAGAGAACUGGUCACAGACCUGGAAUAUGGAUACAAGACAAUCACCCCCUGCUGAUUGCAUGACUGAUAUGCAUGGAUAUGACAGUGAUGGUCAGACAGUAUCUUCCAUUGACAAAUGUUAUCAGUCACUGACGUGGAAGCCAUAUCAGACCUCACACUGGAGUUGCCUGUACAAUACACAUUCUGAGAAAAUUCCUGCGGUGGGAUACCAAGUAAUCACUGACAAAGGAUUUAACUUUUCAACUGUGGAUGAUGCCUAUGUAUGCCAGAAAAAGAACCACUUUCAGGUCACAGUUCACAUCCGAGUGAUUGGAAACCCCAAAUAUAUCAGAACACAGUUGGGCCUCAAUCCUGUUGACAGAUUUAUUUUGAAAGUCUUUGGAGUUAAGGUAGAAGCAAUGAACCAGACAAUCACCAUUGAGCAGUCUCAGUCUGACCGCUCUAAGAGAGCUUUCAAUCCCAUUACGGUAAAUUUGCCUCCAGAUCAGGUCACUAAAGUAACUCUGGGAAGGUUACAUUUUAGUGAAACUACAGCAAAUAACAUGAGAAAGAAAGGGAAGCCAAAUCCAGAUCAAAGGUAUUUCAUGUUGGUGGUGGGUCUGUAUGCUAUAAGUAAGGAUGAACCUUAUCUAGUAGUAGCACAUGUCUCCGAAAGGAUCAUUGUAAGGGCAUCAAACCCUGGGCAGUUUGAGAAUGAUAAUGAUGCCCUGUGGCAGAGAGGGCAUGUCCCAGAGACAGUGGUGUCUCACGGUCGAGUAGGAAUUAACACUGACACACCAGAUGAAGCCCUGGUUGUCUGUGGUAAUGUGAAAGUGAUGGGGACAGUGAUGCAUCCAUCUGACAGUCGAGCAAAGAGGAACAUCCAGGAGGUUGACACAAUGGAGCAGCUUCAAAGAAUAGCUCAGAUGAGGCUGGUAGAGUACAAUUAUAGACCUGAAUUUGCAACCAUCAUGGGAAUCGAUUCUCUCCAUGAAACAGGCAUAAUUGCUCAAGAAGUUAGAAAUAUUUUACCACAUGCUGUUAAAGAGACAGGCAAUGUUACAUGCGAUAAUGGAGAGACAAUAGAAAACUUUCUUAUGGUAGAUAAGGACCAGAUCUUUAUGGAAAAUGUGGGUGCUGUGAAACAGCUAUGUAAACUAACAAAUAACCUUGAAAUGAGGAUCGAGGAGCUUGAACUCUGGAACCAAAAGCUUGCCAAAUUAAAACAAAUAAGCAGCUUAAAACACACCACCAGUGAAAGGUCUCCGUCAAGGUACAGCAAGGUCAACCAUGUCCCUCUUCAAAAUAAAACUGUUCCAAGAAAAGCAAAAAAGGUUCCAACCAAGCAACAACAAUGUUCUCGAAGGAUUUUUCACACCACUGUGAUUGCUUUGGUCUCAGUUAUGGCACUUUGUGCUCUCACCAUUUCCACAUUGUAUAUCCUGUAUGUCCAAGAAGAAGCCAUUGAGCGAGACCAAUCACAGAAUAAUUUUACAGAACUUGCAAGCUCAUUAAUGCCUUCAGUUUACACUACAAUGGCUAUAAUUGAAUCUAUGUCUACAACUACUCAACAGCCAUCAGCGGGAGGACAGGAAAUUAGCUUCUGUGAUAUCUUGCCCUGUGAUCAAGAGUAUUGCUGUUCUAUCCAACAAAGCAAGAUGAGAAAUAUCAGUUAUGAGGAAGGGCAGUAUCCAGAAAAAAGAGACCUUAACAAAGCUGCAAUCAAUAGGAGAUGGCAGAAUAAACCAGGAUUUUCAAGUGACUGGACUGACACGUCAGUCAGUUCUAUGCAGAUUGUGGAGAAUCAGCAAGUAAUAAACCAUCACUUCUGUAGAAAAAGCUUGCAGUGUGGGUCUGGUAUUUACUUCUAUGCCAUACCGGUGAAUAAGUACACUCCUACCAAUAUGCGGAUUACUUUAGAGAUCAACACUACAGAACCACUGAUCAUUUACCAGUGUAAGAUUACACUGGGAAACAUCUGCAACCGAGGAACUUACAACAGGAAAAAAAGAGAUCUUUCUCCAGAGUCAACUCAGGGUCUCCAGCAUCACUGGAUUCUCCCAGUAGCUAGGCUGUUUGACAGUGAAUACCAUUUCCGUGUAGCCAUACCGGAUCUUGCAAACUGCUCAACAGAUUCACACUUUGCUGGAAUCCGAUACACAGACUAUUUCUUUUAUUUUUAUCGGGAAUGUAAUUUUUGA